AGGCCAGACCCCCAAUGCCAAGUUCCCUACCUGGGCAACUCAGGCAGGCUGACUAACCCAGCUGAUGUAGCCCCGUCAUCCAGCCCUGGAAGCCUCCAGGCCUCGUUUUCUUAGCUGUGUAAUGGAGCAAAGCUCUGAGAUCCAAUUCUGCCCCUGACUGUGGAGGAAAGGCCAGUGGGGGCUGGCCCAGCGCCCCAGACCACUCAUCUUUCUUUCUUCCCUUUCAGGGAGUCCCCGAGUGGGCAAGGUGGUCAUGGCCGCCGCAGCCAAGCACCUGACCCCCCUGACCCUGGAGCUGGGGGGCAAGAACCCCUGCUAUGUGGACGACGACUGCGACCCGCAGACCGUGGCCAACCGCGUGGUGUUCUUCCGCUACUUCAACGCCGGCCAGACCUGCGUGGCGCCGGACUACGUCCUGUGCAGCCGCGAGACGCAGGAGCGCCUGCUGCCGGCCAUGCAGAGCGCCAUCACCCAGUUCUACGGCGAGGACCCCAAGGCGUCCCCGGACCUGGGCCGCAUUGUGGGAGAGAAGCAAUUCCGGCGGCUGCAGGGCCUGCUGCGCUGUGGGCGCGUGGCCAUCGGGGGUCAGAGCGAUGAGACCGAGCGCUACAUCGCCCCCACGGUGCUGGUGGACGUGCAGGAGACAGAGCCCGUGAUGCAGGAGGAGAUCUUCGGGCCCAUCCUGCCCCUGGUGACCGUGCGGGGCCUGGACGAGGCCGUGGACUUCAUCACCCGUCGAGAGAAGCCGCUGGCGCUGUACACCUUCUCCAACAACAGUCAGGUGGUGAAGCGGGUGAUGGCGGCGACGAGCAGCGGGGGCUUCUGCUCUAACGAUGGCUUCAUGCACCUGACGCUCGAGACCCUGCCCUUCGGAGGCGUGGGUGCCAGUGGGAUGGGCAGCUACCACGGCAAGUUCUCCUUCGACACCUUCUCCCACCACCGCGCCUGUCUGCUGCGAGGCCCCGGGCUGGAGAAGAUCUAUGCCAUCCGCUACCCUCCCUACUCCCCGAGCAAACUGAGGUUGCUGCUGUUGGCCAUGCGGACCCGCAGCUGCAGCUGCACGCUGCUCUGAGCAGCCCGCGCGUGCUGGUGGGGAGGCGGAGAGUACAGGGACCAGGAGGCCACGCUCCCCCCAUGCCGGCCACUGGUGCUGGCAGGUUGCACAGGUGCUGGGGUGAGGGACAGCAGAGGGGAGCCUGCACCCUGGAACCACUGUGACUCUGCCCUCUCAGAGCUUCAGUUUCGCCAGAAGUCCACUAGAAGUGAGUAACCAACACCAGCACCCAAGAUCGCUUCGGGUACUAAAAGUGGGGGCAGCUUAAACACCCCCUCCCAAAACAAACAAACAAACAAACAAACAAACCCAUUGCCCCCAAGUUGAUCCCAACUCCAUGACCCAGCAG